GUUUUCAGUCCACUUAAUUAUGAUAUUGUCAUAUUCAAAACUUAUGGUUAUUCACAUGAUUAGCAAAGGCCAUCAAUUGAUGAUGAAUAUUUCUGUACACUGUAUAAAUUCCUUAGAAUUCUUGGUUUAUGAAUUAGUUAAUUCAUGAUGAAACUCUAUGAGUAUUUUGGAGGGCAUUUAAGUGAUACAUGUUAUUUAUUUGUUGAAAGAGUAGGACAUCUCAGUUAAUCAAUAAAAAUUUAAUUACAAUUCAUUUAAUGAAUAUAGCAGACAUAAUUGUCUAAGUGGAUUAAUGGUUCCGAAUGAAUUACGUAAAUCUAUCUUAGUAAUAAAAGUAGAUUACUAAAAAGCCGAAUUUUGAAAAGGAAUAUAAUAAUAUUUCAUUUCAUCAUUUUAGAAUUAUAAAACCAAUAUAUUGAAUAUUUAUA